CCCCGCCUUGCUGUAUCACUCCCUCACCUUUCUCCUCUCGCCCUUCUGCCCCCACCUCGUCCUCUGCUCGCUGCUGCUGCGUCUCCUUGGGAUAACUCGCCCUCCGUCAGCGUUAGUGCUCCUUUUUGGCACUUCACUGAUCUCCUGUGGUCCAAUUGUGCUGCUCCGUAUCACCAUCUCGUACGACACUCGUCAUGGCACCCGCGAAGAAGACCAAGAAGGCGCAGGAGAACAUCAACAGCCGCCUCACGCUCGUCAUGAAGAGCGGCAAGUACACGCUCGGCUACAAGACCGUGCUCAAGAGCCUGCGCUCCGGCAAGUCGAAGCUGGUGAUCAUCGGCAACAACUGCCCGCCGCUGCGCAAGUCGGAGAUCGAGUACUACGCCAUGCUCUCCAAGACCGGCGUGCACCACUACUCGGGCAACAACGUGGAUCUGGGCACGGCGUGCGGCAAGUUCUUCCGGGUGUCGGCUCUCAGCAUCACAGACCCUGGUGAUUCCGACAUCAUCCGAUCCAUGCCCGAGUCCUCGUAAACUCACUGCUAAGUGACAACAGCUGGGAUCAGCGAUUCAGCAGCAUGCAGGUGGUGCUGCUUGGUAGGGUGGCUGAAGGCACAGCUAGUGGGGCCGACAUGUACCGGUACUUCAAUUCCUGAAAUAUAGCCAAUCCAAGCAUGUCUAGCCCUCAAAGUUCUGCACCGGUUGCUGAGCCUGGAUUGUAAUAUAACCAACGGCGCUGUGAGAACUCAACCAUCCUGCAAGUUCUCAUGUCAAAUGCUAAGGCACUAAUGAGCCUAUCGAAGUGAGAAAAUGAAUGACUAGAAUGAGAUACCGUACAAGGUGCUUGUGUGCUAAGGGGUUGUAGUACGCACCUAUCUAGCCUAAAAGACAUAUACGGUAUAUGUUGUGACACACCCCCUAGGCUAGAUGAGGGGCGGUGUUAGAAUACGAGUAUGACUCAGGCCUGUCGUUAUCAGGGUAUUUUACCCUGAUUCCCUGAUUUCACAGCGGACGG